CACUGAAAAAAGACAGCGUUGUCCAGGACAACAAGAAACAGUGCGAAGUUUGAAAGUUUUUCGUGGUCAUUUGAACAAAUGUAGCCUGUCAGUCGAAUUCUUCUUUCUUUCCACCAUGAGUCGUCUUUAUGACACGAUUGAACCCUCUGUCAUUGAUGAGCAGAUGCUAAAAAAUGCUGUAGAGGAACAAGGACCGAAAGGUGAAGCUGGAAGGAUAGCAAAACAAGAGGGAAUCGACUUUGGAGAUGUACUUUCCCUCAGACUUGAUUUCAAAAAUAUUUUGAAAAUCGACAACUUAUGGAGUCUAGUGAACCUGACCAAGUUGCAAAUGGACAACAACAUCAUCGAGAGGAUAGAGGGCCUGGAUCUGCUCGUGAACUUGGAGUGGUUAGAUCUUUCAUUUAACAAUAUUGAAAUUAUUGAGGGACUGGAUAAACUUACCAAGAUGAAGGAUCUGACACUUUACAAUAACAGAAUAUCAAAAAUUGAAAACAUGGAGUCUCUUACCCAGCUUCAUGUGUUUUCUAUUGGGAACAACAGCCUAAAACAGCUAGAUAAUGUAAUUUAUCUCAGAAAAUUCAAGUCCUUGAGAACUUUAAACCUUAGUGGAAACCCAUUUUCUGAGGAAGCCAAUUACAAAGAGUAUGUAAUUGCCCAUCUACCAGACCUUGUCUACCUGGACUUUCGCCUGAUUGACGAAUCAGCUCGAGAAGCUGCAACAGAGAAAUACAGAUACUCUAUAGAGGAACUGGUUCAUGAUGAGACAGUAGCCAAGAGAAAACAGGAUGAAAUGGAUGAAAAACAAAAGGAGAGACAAUUGCACAAGAUAGCCUUUGUGGAGGACCUGAAUGGUCCAUGGCUAUUUGAUAGCAUGUAUGCUGAAGAUCCCGAGGCUAGCAAACUAGGGGCCCUUCCUGGAAUGGAGGAAAUCCUAGAUGCAUACAAGGAGAAAUUUACAACCAUUUGCCAGGAAAUAUUCGAGUUUGGCUUGAAAGAGCACGAGAAAAGAGAGGCAGAAGUCGCGUCGUUCUUCUCUUGUUUGGAGGAAGCAACACAAGAAAACAACAACACAGGUGUCAAGCACAUUCAUAGCUACAUUGAGUACAAGAAAAAGGUAUUUUUGGACUAUACUAGCCUUACAGACUCGAGUCAUAUGGCAACCUUGAUGAAGGAAAUCGUAGAAGAAAUAAGAAAACUGUGGGAUACACUAAUGGGACUGGAAAUGGAAUUAGUGGACCAGUUGGAGGACACAAUUAAGGACUUUGAAAGGAACAUGGCGGACCUUGUAACCGCAUUUGUAGAACACGUGCAAGGAUUAAUGACGCAGUUACGUGACCUGGAAAACGCACAUCACGAAAAAGUGUCGGAUAUCGCCGUAGUCACUCUUGAAAAACUGAUGAAAAACGAGCUUGAGGAAGAUCUGCCUGAUGACUUGAGAAUGCUGUUUGUUGAUAAGGACACAAUCAUGAACGCUGUCAGUGCUUCUCAUGAUACCCACCUUCUGAAGAUCGACAACAAGGAGGAUGAUAUGUUAACCCGAGCAACCACCAGAAUGCAAACUCUGAACGAGAAGAUCCACAAUGACGAAGUGUUAAGAAACCGCAAAAGAGUUUCCGAGAUAAACAACUUGGUGGAUCACUUUAGAGAUGAAGCGGAGAGUUAUGAAGUCACGGGGCCCAUGUAAUGCGUGACACUUUCUUUUGUCACCCUUGUGUAAAUGUAAGACUAUUAUGAAGUUUAUCCUAAUGUAAACGAAUUUAUUGACCUGCCAUGCGUCUUAAACUGGUGAGAGCACUCAACAAUCCCUGGCGACGAUAACUGACAACACGUUUGAAUGUUUUAACCUCAUGUUGCUCUUACUCGUACAUAUACAUAUGCACAUGUUGUUGACGUUCUAGGUUAUGUCAAUAUGAUAUCUGUAAAGGGGAUCCAGACGACCUUCUGCUACGAAUUUCUGCUCUGUAGAUGCGCAGGAAUUGUUUGUUAAGGAAACAGUUUAAGAUUAUAUGAAAAAUGUCCUUGCCAUGUUUUUGUUGUCAGUGGCGUCCGCCCCCUGCUUUUUACCGCACAGAUCAUCUGUUCAACAGGUUAAUCGGGUAAAUUACAACCCCUACAUUAACGCAGAAAAUCAGAUAACAAAAAGGCGCGUAUAGGGAAAGGCCAAAGGUUUUCUUUGGAGGCGGUUAUGUAAAUUAACAAAGCAUGUUCCAUCUUUCUAAUUUGUUGAGGUUUCGCAAUCUUUUGUAUCCGUAUUUUGUGUACAAAUUGGUUUUGUUUUUGUACCACGUCAAUUGUAAACAUGUUGAAUACACAGUAAUUUUAACAUGUAAAUACCAGACUGUUUAAAUUAGGAGGUUUUGACGUGUUUGGAUAUCCUUGUUUACAAGCUGUGCGUAUGGAAUGUAAAAAAAAAAAAUUGACGAGACACAUGGUUGGAAGACUCUUCAGUCAAAUUUGUUUUCUUUUCUGAGCAAGACCCUGAGGCAUGUUUGUCUCGAAUUGUCACAAGAACUCAUCCCCGUUCUGUAUCUCAAGUAUAAUUCUUGAAUCAGUAUUUUAUUUCUUAAAAAGUAGAGCGGAAAGAAGCAAUAAAGUGAUAAAUGAAGAGGA